UUCGAUUGCAAUCCGCUAGCGAGGCAGACUGACACAACGUGUUGUCCACUGUCUUCUCCUGGAUUCUGUUGUCUAUCAAUUCUGUCUCUUCUUAAUACUUCACUCAGCCUGCGCUUCUCAUGUCUUGCUCUUUCUGCUGCUGUGUGUCUUGACAGCCGCGGCAGGUAAGACCAGACAAACGCCAAUCAGGGACCUGCUUCCGAGGAGCGCCUACUUUCUAUAACUCGGCCCAUUUCCUGCUUGGGGAAACUUGUUAUCGGACUUCCUCCGUUGCACUUUCGACGCGAUAUUCCCUUCGACACGAAACAUACAAUGGCACCCAAGCGCAAAAGAGCGGCUUCGUUGGCUGCGGAGAAGAACGGCGCAGAGGUCGAGAGCUCGCAGCAGCAGCAAUCUCCCGACGUCGAGCUGCAAGACAACGCACCUGCUACGGCAGCGGUGAGCGCGAGUCCUGCUAAGAGCAAGAGCAGUAUGAAUCCGCCGGCGAAGCGCACUCGCGCCAACUCGAAACGGAGCAUCAAUGGCAAUGAGAAGCAGCCUGCUACCAUGGCUGUUCAGACUGGAGGCACCGUCUCGAUGCCCAUCAAUGCUACUGCUGAUGGCUCCGGCGAGUCGGGAGAAGCUGGCACGAUGCGCAUGGAAGCUCCUCCGCAAGCUGGCCUUGUCGAUCCCGCUGGAGGCUACAAGACGAACAAACCGCCCACCGACCGCCCAGUACGCGUCUACGCCGAUGGUGUCUUCGAUCUAUUCCAUCUCGGGCACAUGCGUGUUCUGCAACAGGCGAAGACCGCAUUCCCAAACACCCGAUUGAUCGUCGGCGUCACAGGUGACGAGGAGACAUUCAAGAGGAAGGGUCUUACUGUCAUGAGCGCCAAAGAAAGAGCCGAGAGCGUGAGACAUUGCAGAUGGGUGGACGAGGUGAUUGAGGAUUGUCCUUGGAUCAUCGACGUCCCAUUCUUAGAGAAGCACAACAUCGAUUAUGUCGCGCACGACGACCUGCCAUAUGGUGCAUCCGAGGGAGAUGACAUUUACGCACCGAUCAAAGAGAAGGGCAUGUUCCUUGUCACACAGCGAACGGAAGGUGUCAGCACCACGGGCAUCAUCACCAAAAUUGUACGAGAUUAUGAGAAAUACAUCAGUCGACAACUGAAGAGAGGGACGACGAGACAAGAGUUGAACAUUUCUUGGUUGAAGAAGAAUGAGAUGGAUGUCAAACGACAUGUUUCGGAGUUGAGGGAUACCAUUCGACAGAACUGGAGCACGACGGGCAGAGAACUGAGCUCUGAGCUGGGAAAAUUGUGGCAGCCUAGCAGGCCCAGCAGUCCUGCUCCUUCGGCCACCCCGAGCCUUAAGAAUGGUCGCGGUGGUACGGUAAAUGGCAUCGAUUCUCCACUCCCUGCUGUCUCUGCUUCUGAUAGAUUGAGAGUUGAAACUGCCGCGGGCAGCAGCGGCAGGAGUUUGACACCUUCGCGCGGCAAGAAUCUGGACUUCGCGGCUGGUGUGGCUUUUGGUUUGAUCGGUGGUGUCAAAUCAUGGAUGGAGGGAUCGAAGAGGAGAAAUCUUUCGGACAGCAGAGCGCAGUCGCCGAAUGAUUCGCCUGAGAGGAGUCCGGUGGAUGACGAGGAUAUGGAUGGAGAUGUGAGAGGGAGACAUGGCAGGACGCCGGUGGUGGAGAAGAGAAAUCCUUUGGAGACGUUGCACUCUUAGGCGGGUGAAGAUUCUCUUAUAUCUCCUGGGACGGCGGCGACAGAUUCUUCGACGACAUUGCUAGGAGGUGUUGCUCCGCCGAUGAUGCAGGUUCCGAAGACGAUCCUGUAUCCUCCUGGUUUGGGGUUCUCGGCUCCCGCUCCUGCUGCAGCACAAGCGCCAUCAGUUGGAGCUAUUCCUACUACUGCUACACCUGUUUCUUCCACUUCACAUAAUAGACAGGACAGUUUGGUGGAAACUACAACUUCUAAUACUGCAAAAACUGCUGAUGAUGCUGCUACUGCCGAUAC